AUGCAUGGUAUCAGCAUAGGCCUCUUAUCACUGGUCGUAGGAGGUUUUUGGAUAUCUUGGGCACUGAAAAGAAGAAAGCUUCUUAAGCUCAAAGAGAAAUUCUUCAAGCAAAAUGGUGGAUUAAUGUUACAACAACAACUCUUAAGUCACAGAGGGUCUGUGGAGACAGAUAAAAUCUUUAGAGCAGAAGAGCUUGAAAAGGCCACCAACAACUACGACAAGAGUAGAAUCCUUGGCCAGGGAGGCUAUGGAACUGUUUACAAAGGAAUGUUGCCGGAUAACAAAGUGGUUGCCAUUAAAAAGUCUAAAAUCAGUGAUCAGAGUCAGAUUGAGCAAUUCAUAAAUGAGGUGAUUGUGCUUACCCAAAUUAAUCAUAGGAAUGUGGUUAAGUUAUUAGGUUGUUGUUUAGAAACAGAAGUGCCCUUACUAGUUUAUGAAUUCAUUACAAACGGGACUCUUUCUAACCACAUUCAUAAUAAAAGCCUAUCAUCCUCUCUCUCAUGGGAAAAGCGUCUGAAGAUAGCGGCAGAAACUGCUGGAGCACUUGCAUACUUGCACUCUUCGGCUUCUAUGCCAAUUAUACAUAGAGACGUGAAAACUACAAAUAUACUUUUAGAUGAUAACUACAUGGCAAAAGUGUCUGAUUUUGAAGCCUCAAGGUUGGUACCUCUUGAUCAAACACAGUUAACUACUUUGGUGCAAGGAACUUUUGGAUACUUGGAUCCCGAAUGCUUCCAUACUAGCCAACUAACAGAAAAAAGUGAUGUCUAUAGCUUUGGUGUUGUUGUGGCAGAGCAAUUAACGGGAAAGGAGGCACUAUCUUUCAAUAGGCCCGAAAGUGAUAGAAAUCUAGCAAUGUACUUUGUUUCUGCAAUAAAAGAUGAUCGCCUGCUUCAAAUUCUUGAGGAUCACAUUGUGAAUGAGAGUAGUAUUGAAGAGCUAAAGGAAGUUGCUAGUCUUGCAAAAAGGUGCUUAAGGGUAAGAGAGGAAGAUAGACCUUCUAUGAAGGAAGUGGCAAUGGAGUUGGAGGGAUUGACAAUUAUGGGGAAGCAUCCAUGGGGAAAGGCUCAUCUCUAUACAGAAGAGACUGAAUACUUGCUCAAUACCCCUACACACUCUUUCAACAUUGAUGUUGGCGCUAGUUGUUCUACUACUGAUUACGAUAGCAUGAGGAACAAUGUACUAAAACCAGUACUAGAUGAUCAUGGCAGAUAAUUUAUAAGUCUAUGGUGAUGCAUAAU